UAAUAAUGCUCCACCCACAGGAAGUGCUUCUUUCAACACACGCGACCUUCGAUUCACUUCAAGUUACGUUUUCCAGCAAGAACGCAGCAUGGUGAAUAAAGAGCCCGGUGGUUUGCUAGAGCAGUUGAGGCAGAUUGCUGGCAGAAUGGGCUCUGGUCCAAGGGGUGCAGGUCUCGGGGUCAAGCUGCUUAUAGGGGCAGGAGCACUUGCCUAUGGAGUCAAGGAAACCACAUACACAGUGGAAGGUGGUCAGAGGGCCAUCAUCUUCAACAGGAUUGGUGGGAUGCAGAUGGACACGGUACUUGCUGAGGGGCUCCACUUUAGGAUACCAUGGUUCCAGUACCCUGUCAUCUAUGACAUAAGGGCGAGACCAAGAAAGAUAUCGUCCCUAACCGGAAGCAAAGACCUGCAGAUGGUGAACAUCGCCCUGCGUGUGCUGUCCCGUCCUGUGGCCUCCAACCUGCCUGCCAUGUACCAGCGGCUGGGCAAGGAUUACGAUGAGAAGGUGCUGCCCUCCAUCGUCAAUGAGGUGCUGAAGAGUGUGGUGGCCAAGUUCAACGCCUCGCAGCUCAUCACACAGAGAGCUCAGGUGUCCCUGAUGAUUCGGCGGGAGCUCUUUGAACGGGCCAAGGACUUCAACAUCAUCCUGGACGAUGUGGCCAUCACCGAGCUGAGCUUCAGCAGGGAGUACACUGCCGCGGUGGAAGCAAAGCAAGUCGCCCAGCAGGAGGCGCAGAGGGCCUUCUUCUAUGUGGAGAAAGCCUUGCAGGACCAGAGGCAGAAGAUCAUCCAGGCUGAAGGAGAGGCAGAGGCUGCUAAAAUGUUGGGUGAGGCGGUGACAAAGAACCCUGGCUACCUGAAACUCCGGAAGAUCCGAGCGGCUCAGAACAUUGCCAAGACGGUGGCAACAUCGCAGAACAAGGUGUACCUGAGUGCAGAUAACCUGGUGUUGAACCUCCAGGACAACACAAGCAACAGCUUCAGCAAUUUGAGCAGGUUGGGAGAAAUAGGCUGGACGAGCCCUGAGAUAAUCAGCAAGGCUGUUCAAGAGACGCUUCCAGAGAUUGAGGAAGAAUUGAAGAGCCCUGAGACAGCCAGUGUCCCUGCAACGCUACCAGGGUUUGAGGAAGAACACGUCUCGAAGAGCCCUGAUAUUGUCAGCAUGGCUGCUCCAAAGAUUGAGGAAGAACAUGAAUUGAAGUUCCAUGAGAUGGUCGUUGUUCCAGAGACAUGGAGCGAGGCAGGAGAAUACCUGGUCCCCCAUAUUGCGGCGGCGGGUCCUGGGGACGUGGAGCGAAAUGGCGAGGCUUAAACGUAGGUUUAUCGUUGCCGAGGUAAAGGGGAAGCGUCCCUGAAGAGUAUGCAUUCCGUAUCUUCAAUUUGAGCCAUCUCUACACAUUAUACCUCUUCGCCACACCGUGGUUUUCAACACUGGUCCUGGAAGACCCCUAUGUGUACAGGUUUUUCUGUCUGGUCAUUCACUUGAAUUAUGUUAUGUUCAAUUUGUCUUUUGAAAUGGCUUUCCACAUAUGGUAUCAUGUUACAGUUGCCUGGCUUUACCUCGUAUUUAAAUGUAAUGAUGUACAGAUGAAUGGAAACCGGAUUGUACCGGGGUCCUCACGGACCAGCACAAAGGAGCACUUACUUGUAAGGACCAGUGUACCGUAUCUCCUUGUCACAGUGCCUAGCUCUCGGCCUGUAUUCACAGAGCCUCAGAAUUGGUGUGCUGAUAUACAGUAGCAUUAGUUUAGCCUUUUAGAUUAUAUGGAAAGGGGGACCUGAUCUUAGAUCAGCGCUCUUUGUCUGAGAUGCUUUUUGGAUGUGGGCCCUGGUUUGGGUUAACAACUCCAUAGUGGCACUAAAUCGACUAACUACACAGCAGAUGCAACCCAGUGGUUUCUUACACUCCACAAGUGUCAUCACCACCCUGCCUUUAUAUUAUUUGGUUAAAUUUAGAUGUGACAACGUCAUGCAUUGGAGAACCAACCAGAGUCCUACUCUGACAUUUCUGGGAGACGGGCUCCUCCGUACGUUUACUAUAUUUGUGUUGUGUAACACUCAACAUCAGCAGUUUUUGUCCUGGUUAUACCUCUGUUUCAUACCUGUUGAAAGUGUCAUGCCGGAUCUUCACGAAGUGUCAUGAAUGAAUAGCAAUGAAUCUUAAUGUCCUGUGUCACGAAACAUGUUACACCAGCGUAAUACAUCUAAUUGUAAUGCAAAAAUGUAUUUUCUUUGGUUCAUGUCCCGCCCCCCCCCCCUUUUCAUUUAAAUGUUUUUUUCCCACUGCAAUUCAAACUAUUUGUUCAUCUUGGCUCGAGGAAAAAGGUCUUCAUUACUGUGUUCUUAAUCCUAACUAGAGGCUGAAGCACUCAAAUUGGGUUUGAAUAAAUACUUGUUUUUGGAUCACCA